CAGGCAGGUGAAGCGCCUCCCCGGAAACAGAGCUGGAGCGCCCCACCUGCCCGCCCUGCCUGCUCAGAUCGGAUCCAGCACCUCCAGGCGUCUUGAGCCAGCGGUGACAGCUGAGGCCAUGUGAGUCGGAUGCUGAAUGAGGCUUUAUCUCUGGGUCUCCAUCCAGUCCCAUCGUCCACCGUGGCACCAGCUCCCUCGGCCAGCCGGGAUGGGACAGGCAACUGAGACAGCCAGAGCCAGAGAGGUGAUGGUGACCAUCCCCUGGACCGUGCGAGGAACAGGACUCUGGGCCUCUGGCUGCCGCACAGGUAGUGGGGGCUGCAGGCCAUGAUCCGUACCUCUGCCCCCUGACGCGGCCCUCUGCCCAGAUCAACUCGUGCCGGAUCAGACAUGUCUGAGGGAGGGGCUCAGGCCCCGCGGGGCCGGGGGCUGCCGCCGGAUGUGCUGGCGGAGCAGGUGGAACUGUGGUGGUCCCAGCAGCCUCGGCGCUCAGCGCUCUGCUUCGCCGUGGCUGUGGGCCUCGUGGCGGGCUGUGGGGCGGGGGGCGUGGCCCUGCUGUCCUCCACCAGCAGCCGCUCGGGCGAGUGGCGCCUGGCGGUGGGCACAGCGCUCUGCCUUCUGGCCCUGCUGGUCCUGGUUAAGCAGCUGAUGAGCUCGGCCGUGCAGGACAUGAACUGCAUCCGCCAGCCCCGCCACGUGGCCCUGCUCCGCAGCGGCGGCGGGGCCGACGCCCUGGUGGUGCUGCUCAGCGGCCUGGUGCUGCUGGUCACCGGCUUGACGCUGGCGGGGCUGGCCGCCGCCCCUGCCCCUGCCCGGCCGCUGGCCGCCAUGCUGUCCGUGGGCGUCACCCUGGCUGCCUCAGGUGCGCUCUUGCUGCUGGGCCUGCUGCUGUAUCAGGUGGCCGUGAGCGGACACUGUCCCCCCGGCCGUGCAGCCGCCCCCUCCGCCCACAGUGACCACAGUGGGAAUGGCAGCGUCUUCAGCAUCUCAGGACGGUUGUCCGCUGGCCAGCGUCACGAGACCACGUCCAGCAUCGCCAGCCUCAUCUGACAGAGCCCGGGCCCUCCUUCCCGCAACCCGCCUCAGCCUCCACAGAGCCGUGCCCGGGCGCAAGUGAGGGCGUGUGCAAACACGUGUGCACACACGCACCAAGGGGAGAGUGACUGCGUGGGUGUCCCCGGGACCGCUCAGCCCUCUGAGGGACUGUGUGACUGUGAUGAGGGGCCGACUUGCACCCACACACCCACGGCACGAGGAGGGAACUGCUUCUCCUUGGAGCUCGUGGAACCGUCAGUCUGCCUGUCUGUGUCCGGGGCCUCUAGGCAGAGAAGGGUCUGGGAUCCCUGAAGAUCCCUGGCCCCUAUCCCUAACACCCCUCAAAGGCAACUCUGCCCUGUAACGCCUGUCAGGGAUUUCCCCAGGAGAGAAUGCUGCCCACCCCAGAGACUGCGCCAGUGAGCCCCUUUAUCGAGGAGACUGCAUGGUGACAGGGUGGACAGAACACAGGCUCCGGCAUGAGAGCCCCGGGCUGCAGUCCCCCCCUCUACCACUCACCAGCUGGGGGCCUUGGGCAAGUGGCUUUUACCAUCUCUGAGCCCUGGUUUCUUGAGCGUCAUGGUCACGGUCAUCCAUUGUUAGGAUCAAAUGACAUUAUGUAUAGAAGGACCCGGCACGCGGCAGAUGUGCAAUAAAAGUGGUGGGUGCUGU